UAGGACUGCCCCAUCCACUACACCAUCCCCACAAACAGUAAUCCAACCCUUCAACACACACAACUUCAAGUAAUUUCCGCUGAUCUUGUUGUUUAUAAUUAUUGGUCCUUUUACAGAUAGAUAAGAUCAUAAAUAGGCAUUAGAUAUAGACAUCAGAUAAAAGACAUGCUCACUACUUCUCAACAGCACCAAAGGCAUUUCCUUCCAUUAAACCACUCCAAGUCACCAAUUUCCUUAAACUUGCACAUGCUUUGUGCUAUAAGCAGCAAUCUGAUCCUCUUGUUAUCCUUCAGACUGAUUUCUCUUCUAGCAUCUCGAUCAAAGGGCUAAAAUUUUCUGCUUUUUUUUUUUUUUUUUUUUCCUUCACGGUUUGAUCUUAUUGCUUUUCUGGUUAUUAGUGCUUUGAAAGGGUGAAUUUAAGAUAUGGGUUUGAGUUCUAAGCAGGUUUCAAGUAGUGGACUUGAUUGGAAACAAACCUUAUUGGAAGCUCAAAACUUGGAGCUACCAAAGCCUCAUCUGAUGAGGAAACAACAGCAACAAACUCAGCAAUCAGAGUCUUUGAACUGCCCAAGAUGUGACUCUACAAACACCAAAUUUUGUUACUACAACAACUACAACAAGUCUCAGCCUCGCCAUUUCUGCAGAGCUUGCAAGAGGCACUGGACUAAAGGUGGAACUUUACGCAAUGUUCCCGUUGGUGGUGGCAGGAAGAAUAAGAGGGUAAAAAAAUCAACCACCCCAACAUCUUCCUCCACCAACAAAGCCACCACCUCCUCUACUUGCACCACCACUGUCUCCACCUCAAUUGGCAACAUGGGUGGUGGGUCAAGUAGCCACAUGACAAUGAAUCAAACUCCUCUUGCAGUGAGUAAUCAGAAAAGCAUGCCUUCCUCUUUCUAUCAAGUUCAAGCUUUGAUUCGUCCACCAUCUUUGCUGCUACAACAGAAUCUGAUGAAUACUGGAGACUUAGAAAGCAAAGAUUUUGGUAUUGGUAAUAGCAUCUUUCUGAGUUCAACUUUGCCUCUUCCUCAAAACCAAAGCCUACUCUUUCCCUUCUCAACCUCAAGCUCUUUUGACACAAACCCUUGUGCAGUAUCAACUUCUCUGCGAUCCUCCAAUGUUUAUAACUAUGGGGAGGAGUUUAAAACAAUGGAGGAACCAACCAUCAACAGCAUAAUGCCCAGCACAAGUGGGAGUAACACACAGCCAUGGGAGAUACCAGCAGCAACAAGUGCUGGCAUGGAAACUUCAAACUAUUGGAAUUGGGAGGACAUUGAUUCUUUGGUCUCAACUGAUCUGAAAGAUCCCUGGGAUGAUUCUGAUAUCAAACCAUGAGACGGAAAAAACAAAAAAGCAACAUGUGAUAGUGUCUAAAGAUUAGUUAUUUAAUUUAAUUGGGGUGUUUUAUGUUUCAUACAGAUUAGUAAGUGUUGUUGUUUCCAGACGUGGCAUAUUCUAUGCCUGUCUUUCUUGCACCUGUAAUUCUUACAAAGAGUAGUGAUUGGAGCUGUCAUGUUUUAGUUUCAGCUUCAGCUUCAGCUUCAAGCAAGGGGUCCCAAUUAGUUGUAACCCACUCUGUUUGCCUCUUUGUUCAUCUUUCGAUCAUUUCCUCUAAUCUAUAAUAAAAUGGUAUAUUAAUGUAUGCAAC